GCUUGUAACAUGCCGUCGCGGCGAACAGUCGCGCGCUAACUCUCAUGUGGAUUGUAUUAUCGCAUCGAACUCUCCCUCUUUCGCUUCAUCUCGUAGCGGUGUCUCUCUCUCUUUCUCUCUCGCGUGUAUUCCGCAUGCGGGAGUCAAGAGGUAGAAUCCGGAAUUGCGUUGUGCGUCAGAAUAAACCCGCGGAGAGUUUGACGCGGAGCGGAUAUACACGCGACUAAAGUUAAACGUCGUCGUCGACAGACGGAACGUGUGACAACGUCGAGGUCUUCGUGAUCUCGAAGUAUAUAUAUAAUCCGUUAGAUCCAUUAACCAAGUAUUUGGAACAGUGUCAAAAACUACGACGCGCGGUUUCAAGAAAAACGACGAAGUCCGUUUAUUAUCCGCGACGGUGAUGGUGUGAAUAAAUAAUAUAGAUUCACGCCGAGAGGAAGAUAUACGACCACCUGAAGAGGGAGAUAGACAGGGGAUAAAAAGGAAAAAGCAGCGAACGUGGAAGCAGAGUUUCCACAUAGAGGAAUAGACGUUACAGGUGGUUGCGGUGAAGGGGACUUCCAUUCUGUGAUGUGUGAGUGAACAAUGGAAUCACCGGUCAUGUACGAUUCGGCGGCCCAUCAGGCCCAGGCCCAGGGUACGGCCGAUCUAAAGAAGUCCCAAGUGCUCAACAAUAACACCAGCAAUCAGAACAACAACAACGCCGCGACGAAUAACAACAACUCUGCACUGCAGAUCAAUCACAAUCACAAUCAUAACCAGCAGUUGAACAGCGCGGUGGUGAGCAAGGUUUCCGCUAGCAAGGCAACCCUACAUCAGCAAUACGCCGAACACUGCGCCGCAGCUGGCGAACUCACCGAUCUCAACACUCCGGAGAUCUCGUUGGACCUCCAGAAUCUGAUCGACGACAACCACUUCAACGACAAUCUACUGGACAUGCUCAACGCCGGCAAUGGGGUGAAACACAUGAGAACGGGCAACUACAACACGCGUACCACUUUGGCGUACAUGCCGCAACCGGUGCACAGCGGCGCCAACUAUCACCAGGGAAGUUGUAGCGACAGCAACAGCUCGACCUCGGACUCGCCCAGCAUCAAAGAGGAGCCCCUGGACCCGGCGGAUUAUCGUCGCCACUGCUCUCAAUAUCCACCUGGUUACAGCUCAGUGACGAACAACCCGUUCGCCAAUGGCGGCCAGACCUUCACCACCCUGACACCAUCCGCGUUACAGGGAAAUCAUCCGGGCACGCCAAUUCAUCAGCCACCGCCGCGGGGCGGCCCGAUAAAGGGACAGGUGAUAAACCAUCAGCAUCACGCGGCCGCUAACGUCGCCAGGAAGCAAACCAAGUCCAUCGACAAGGCGAGCGACGAGUACAGACGGCGGCGGGAGAGGAAUAACAUCGCGGUGAGGAAGAGCCGCGAGAAGGCGAAGGUGCGAUCGCGGGAGACCGAGGAGAAGGUCAAGUUGCUCGUGAAAGACAACGAUCUGCUGAAGAAACGGAUCGAGCUGCUCACCGAGGAGCUGAACGUCCUCAGGUCGCUCUUCGGCAACGUCAGCAUGCUGCCGGAGCACGUUCACCGCGAGAUCUCGAGGCACCUCGACCAGUUCCAGCAACACGCGGUCGGACCCAUGUAGCAGCAACACGCGGACAUGGUAGCGCGAUGAUCAUCCCGUACGAGACGGCGUCGUCGUCGUCGUCGUUUAUGAUUCGCGUCCCUGGCCUAUCGGGCCGCUCCGAUUGUGAGACCAAGUCGUCAUCGCGUCUUCCGCUUCCCUCUCGCGUUCCCGCGCGUAAAUCUCUCACGAGAGUCGUCGUCCUCCUCCUCUCGCGCUCGUUCAUUCCCUCUUUCUUCGUCUUCCUCCUCUCUUCGACGCGUCUUCUGCGUCGUAUCUUAUAUCUCACUCGAUUCGGAGCACGUGCAUACGUCGUCGUCGUAGUUCGCGAACGUGGGAGAAGAGGAGAAGAGCGAGUUACUACUCAAAAGCGAAGCCUGCGAGCUGGAGAACACGAGCGAUGAUUCAAUUUCGCGUGUUCGGAGAACAAGUGCCUUCGCCCCACGCAAGUCCCUCCCUCGAAAGGAAGAGUGCUUACUUCCGGACACUUGAGGGAAGGGUGAAAGGGGGCGGAAAAUCAAACCGAAAACAAAAUAGCAAACCGUGAACAAAUCGAUCGCGAUUGGACCGCAAACGAGCUGGUGUUGCGAUCUCUUGACGUAGCCGACCCCGAGAGUCGCGUCAAAAAUUGACGAAGAACGCGAAAAAAAUGCUGUCCGAUCUUUCCCUUUUGUUUAUAUCUUUUCUUCCUUCGUCUCGUCAUUUUUUUUUCUCUUUUUUUAAUGUAUUCCCCUUACUUUGCCCUUAUCCUUUCUUCGCGCUUAUGGACGCUCUAAGACUGUCGGUGAUACCUAGAUAAAAAUUCGAAUCCCUCUUGGUGAACGCGCAGAAUCGCAACACGGAGCUCUCCGAGACUUCGAACAAAUCAUCGAACAAUUAUCUCACCUUUAAUUAUAUAAUAUAUUUCGUAUACUACUACAGAAACGCACACACACACACACACACACACACACACGGACACGAUUCACCCCAAGAAGAAAAAAACACACCUUCAACGCGAAAGACACGUUAAACACACACGGCGUUGUAUUUAGAUUUCGGUUCUUAGAUAACAUUAAAUUAAAAUAAUUAGUAGAUUAUAUAUUGCUCUCCAAUUACCAAGUACCUAAAGAAAGAGAGUCACGUUGAAAGCACGACGAUCUUUUUCAACGUGACUCGUGCAUCGAUAUGUGUAUCAAUAAGAGAAGUCAAUGUUCAUUCUUUUCUCUCGAUACGUAUUCGCUUCCGCGCUCGCCCUGUUCGAUAUGAAAAGCGAAGUCGAGGAAGGCAAGCACGAGCAAUCAAUCGCGCUCUUGUAUUAUAGUUCUUUAAUAGUAAUUUUAUUAUUAUUAUAUUCGAAAUGUAUAUAUA